AUGAACGGCUGCUUUUGUGGAUUAGUAUUGUUUUUCUAUUUCCUACAGUCGGUGGGUGGGUAUCAAACAAGCUUAAAAGACAAGAAGGUUUCCGCCAAUUAUAAUACGUACGUCGACAUUACAGGCCCCGCCACAUUUCCUGACAUCAACGAGGUGUCUAUGUGCUACUGGACCAUCACAACAUGUAUCAAUGAACACGCAAUAAUCUCCUAUGCAUCACCAGUUAAUACCAACGAGUUCUUCGUCUGGAUAACGCCGGUGAAUAAACAAGGACGAAUUCGAAUGGCAGAGUCUAUGUCUCAUAACGUAGAUUUAAGCCUAGACGCGAACUGGCAUCAUGUAUGUGUCACAUGGAAGUCAAAUGACGGCGAAUGGCAAGUAUACGAGGAUGGUGUGCUCCGAAAUUCAGGUAACAGUCUUAAAAGUGGAGCUACAAUAAGUGGAGGCGGGGUUCUGAUUGCCGGUCAGGAACAAGAUACUUUAGGUGGAGGUUUUGAUGUAAAUCAAGCAUUUGCGGGUACUCUGACUGGUGUAUAUAUAUAUGAUCACGUUAUCGGUGCAUCUAUUGUUGAGAAGAUGGCAAUGUGUUCUCGUUUUGGUACUGGUAACAUUUUCUCUUGGAUUGACGACGUGGCGGAUGUCUAUAACGAGAUUGGUUUGGAGAUGAUGGACGAGUGUGACACGGCGUAUAGCGUUGUAGACAAACAUAUUGGUUUCAAUGGAAUCACGUACGGUGACGUAACAGCCAGUGUGUCUAUGCCGUCCUUGUCUGCGUUUACCAUUUGUGUAUGGGCGACGUACUACAGUUGGCAUGAAUACAGUCUCUUCUCGUAUGCAUUACCAGACGAAAUGAACGUUAUUCUUUUUCACGUGUAUCCAUAUCAAAAUAUAUAUAUUAUGCUAAAAUCCACGAUUUCAACGUCAAUUUCAACGUCAAUCAUAAUAGGCAAAUGGUAUCAUGUAUGUAUGUCCUGGGAAUCCGCAACUGGUGUCUGGCAUGUUUAUAAAGAUGGCGUUUUCCAAGAUUCUGGCAUCAUUUCCGCCGAUAGCAUACCAGGAGGGGGAAGACUCGUCAUCGGACAAAUGCAAUUAUCUUUUGGUGGCACUUUCAGUGCAAAUCCAUUUCAAGGAUACAUUUCAUCAUUCAACAUAUGGGACAGUGUUUUGACAAUGGAAGACAUUGAGCAAGUGGCGAUAUGUGGUGUUAAUGGUGAUGGCGAUGUUUUCUCAUGGACGUCGAGCAACUUGGUUGUCCAGUACCAAAUUGCUAUAGCCGCAAAACCAUAUUGCGAAUGCGAUAGAGAUGCUGAAUGUGCUUAUGGAAUAUGUGAUGCUUUAGAGCUACAAUGUAUAUGCCACUCUGGUUGGAGUAAAGACGCAGCCAACAAAUGUACAGGAGCUGUACCGGGAAUUGAACGCAAUAUGAAUGUUCGCCAUGGUCUCUUCUAUAAAGAAGCAGAAGACAUGAUGGUCACUGGUGCUGUCCCACUGUCAAGUCUCUAUACAAAGACAGUUAUCCUGUGCGCUCAGAAAUUGACUGCGUACCAAACAAGUCUCAAAGACAAGCAAAUAGUCGCCACGCAGAGUACGUACAUCGAUGUUUCAGGUCCCAAUUCAAUUCCCAAUCUCGUCGAAGUUUCUGUGUGCUAUUGGGCCAUAACAACGUGUAGCAAUGAUCACCCUGUCAUUUCAUACGCAUCAUCUAUUGAUACAAGUGAGUUUGAUGUCUGGAUACAACCUUCGGGUGGUACAGGCCAACUUCAGAUGAGGGGGAACACAGGAUUCGCUGUGAAUCUCAAUAUUGAUGCUAACUGGCACCAUAUUUGCGUUACCUGGGAAUCGAAUGGCGGUAAGUGGCGCAUAUACGAGGAUGGCCUACUGGCAGAUUCGGACGAUAAUCUCAGGAAAGACGAAUUAAUCUUGGGUGGCGGAGUAUUUGUUACUGGUCAGGAUCAAGACUCCCUGGGUGGCGGUUUUGACACCAAUCAGGCGUUUGCAGGCACGAUGACGGGCGUCCAUAUAUAUGAUUAUCUCAUUAGUGAUAAUAUGGUUGAGAUGCUAGUAAUGUGCCGUCAUUAUGGUAAUGGUAAUAUUUUCUCUUGGACUGACCACAUGGCCGAUGUCCACAAUGAAGUGGCCUUGGAGACGAUGGAGGGGUGUGGUUUGGCUUACAGCGUUUUGGACAAACGAAUUGUCUUCGAUGUAUCAACUUAUGGCGACUUAUCAGCCAGUAUUUCGAUGCCUUCUCUGACCGAGUUGACCGUGUGUUUAUGGGCCAAAUACAUGGAAACACACGAUUUUGGACUAUUUUCGUAUGCCACACCAGAAGAAUUACGCGAGCUGCAAGUCAGGAUAAACACGCUCAAUGAUUUAGACUUGGAACUAAAGGGCGAACAUACUGCGGCUAAAAUGUCAUUCCCAGAAUAUACAUGGUUUCAUUUCUGUCUCGUUUCCAGUCCCGUUAAUGGCGAUUCGCAGAUUUAUAAAGAUGGCAUUCUGCUCACUGAUACUAACACCGGUUUAACAAGAAUUAUCUCAUCGUCAACACUACCGAUCUCUGGAGGAGGGAGUUUUAUCCUAGGACAAAUACAAAAACAAUUUGGUGAAGAUUUCGACACUGGAAAAGCAUUUGAAGGAGAAAUGUCAUCGUUUAACGUAUGGAACAGUGUUCUGACAUCAGCAGACAUUGAGAAAAUAGCUUUAUGUGGCAUCAACGGUAAUGGUGAUAUUUUCUCAUGGUCGUCGAACAGCUUAGUCGUCGGUCCUGGAACGCCUAUUACAGAUGGUGCUCAUUACUGCAACUGUGCAGUAGAUAGCGACUGUGCUAAUGGUAUAUGUGUCACAGAAGAGUGUGUAUGCGACCCUGUAUGGAGUAAAGAAUCAAGUGGUAAAUGCACGAAAUGUAUCAGCGAUAUAUCGUGUGUGCAUGGGCAGUGUGUGUCUGGAACCUGUAUUUGUGACAACACUGGUUGGAGUUACAACUCAACAACACUGACGUGUAUAUCCGAAUGCAAUACAGACGCUGAAUGCAUUCAUGGUAUGUGUAUACAACACCAAUGUAUGUGUGAUGCUGAUUGGAGCAAUGGUAUAGCAAACAAAUGCACAGAAUGUAUACAUGAUUCAACGUGCAUACACGGACAAUGUAUUUCUGGAAUCUGCAAUUGCGAUGACACUCCGUGGACAUAUAAUGAUAGAACACUAACAUGCACAUCAGGUGCAGACCCUGUCAUUGAACGAGAUGUGUACUAUCGGUAUGGUCUUUUCUAUAUGGAGGCAGAAGACAUGAUGAUUACGGGUGUCGUCCCACUUACGAGUCUUCAGGCGAGUACGGCAGUUCAGUGCGCUCACGAAUGUCUUUCUAACAGUCAGUGUAAAAGUUUUCAGUUUGAACCCCUUUCAUCUAAUCAGUGUGAACUUUUUUCUCAAUUGUUAGCAAAAGAAGAGCUUAUUCCACAUCAGUACAUCCAAUAUUUUAGAACUAUUUAA